CAAACUUCGCUGCUCGCAGUCAUCGACAUUGAUCACCAUCAUCAGCAAACAGCACCCUCAUCCUCGCCAAGUUCCUGCAUUCACAAUAUGGCCCGUACAAAGGAAAUAACGAGGAGGCGCAGCGACAGUUUGGUGACCUGGACACGGUUCCAUCUACCAGUUGAGCGAGAGUGGCCGACAUGGGCGGUGGAUCACGAGAAUGUGCACUUCGGUCCACUGGAUGACGUGACCGGUGUGAGAAAGGGAUGGUUGGGAAGAAUGGUGGAAGAUCCUAAGCAGGCUGCCUAUAUCAUCGAGUGGGAAGACCUGGAGCACUUGAAACAGUUUCGGUCUUCUCCUGCAUGCGCCGCGUUUCUGCGAAAUCUACCCGAAAACGACCACAGUUUGCAACUUUCCAGAGACGGCUCCUCUUCAGAACAGAGCUCUUCAUCUGUUGAAGACGCAUCGUCAUCCUCAUCUCCAGCGUCGCGAUUCCUCACAUUGCGAGAAUCCACCCAACGACCCAAGUCGGACGUGGAAGGCCGUGUAACCUUCAACGCAUUCCUGGUACCACAUAAACAAGGUCACGAGACCACAUGGAACGCGUACCAUGCCCUGAGGGACGAACUCUGCAGUUUUCAACCACGCGGCUUUGAAUUCAUUGCAGGCACAGGUCUUCAUUGGGAAUGUUACAUGAAUACGUGGUUCUUCGCGCUUGAGGAAGAUCAAUGGGUGCAAAACAAGUUUGGGAAGUCGGAGCAAACGGACGAGAACACAGACGGUCGGACGGUCAUCUGCGAGUUUCACCUUUGGCCACAGAAAUAUGGUGCCACGCCGGAGCACGAGGAGGCAUCGGCAUCGGACCCGGAGGCGACGGCGUCAUGGAAUGAAGCCGUGGCCAAGGUCAUGCCUCCCGUUACCGCUUGGGUGCAAGAACGUUGGGAUGUUUUGCCUUUGCCGUAUUACGAGCCGCCCUAUGAGCCUACUGAGGAGGAGCUUGAGCAUCACCGGAAGCUGGAGGAGUUCAUAAAGUAUCACAGAGAAAACCCCAAGCCGGAGGUGAGGUGGUGUGGAACGCGUUUCUGAAAUUGUA